AUGGCCAGGCAAUACAGUGUAAAGCCCCUGCAGUCUUUCUAUGGCUUGGGAGCGGAAUCGCCAUGCCCAAGCUCAACUUCCUUCAAGAUCAGAAGCCUGCUCAAGGUCUACCUCCUUCGACACAUCUCCCAUGCCAAGUCCAUGGUCGCGGAGCUUCUUAAGAAGAAGAAGAAGAAGAAGGCCAUCGACAGCAACCGCGACUUUAAGCUGAGGAAGACGAAGAAGAAGCUCUUCGGCUUCUUUAAGCUGCACCGUAGCUGGUCAUCCUCGUGCGUGACACCCAUGCCGCCGCGGCUUCCCAUCUCGGAGUUUGAUGACUCGACGGUGAUCUUCACCGAGGACAGCGCUGGUGAGGCGGAGCCACCACUCGGUGGGUGCCUCGACUGGCUCGAGGACGAGUCGGAGGCUUCGGGAGGGGAUACAGGCGAAGGAAGCGAGAUCGACCGGCUCGCGGAGAGGUUUAUAGCGAGGUGCCAUGAGAAGUUUAGGCUGGAGAAGCAGGAGUCGUACAGGAGGUACCAGGAGAUGCUUGCAAGAAGCAUAUGA